AUUUCGCUCAAUUCACGCGUAACUAAAACUCUUUUUAAUUAAAGUACUAAAUCUUUCAUCUCUAUAAUACACCAAUCCUCACACCCAUAUCAACAACUAACUUAUCAAGAAUGCGCUCAUAUUCAAUAUACUCAUCAUCAAGCUUUAUAACCCGUGGUAAAUAUUCACCAAUUAAUAGUCGAAUAUUAACGAUAUCAUAGUGCAUAGAGCAGUAGAUAAGAGAGGAAUCACUUUUGCUAAUAGCCUGGAGAAACAGGGAGAAAAAAAAUGUUAUGAUUUUCCCCUAGAAAAAUACUGUAAACCCACACACAACACAGGAAAAUAAAACAUGCAGAACAUAUCUAAGCCCGACAAAAUCGUGUGCUCGAAUUAUUUUUUGUAUUCGCCUGCCUCCUUGCGACGAUAGCGUAGAAGCAAACUAUCCCUUUUUAGCUUUUCCCGGGAAAAUGGAUAUGGUGGAUUAAUUGAGGAGGCUUAUCUCAUUCUAAAUUUAAAAUCAAAAGACUACAAGGGGUCUUAAGUAGACGAAAUUAGAACUUUUUUAAAAAGUUUUUAACUUACAAGUUCAAACAAGGAAAACCACAAUAGAUAUGUGUUCUCACGGUUGACAUUUUUCUCAACAUGCUCAGAGGUUGUCCAUCGCUAGGGUAUUAUGAUUUAAAAAUCUUGCUGGCUCGAUACAGGGUCUAUAACGAAAGGUCAAUCGUCUUCCGGCGUGCCAUCUGACGCUGACAUAUAAAAUAUUCGAUUUCGGUUUGAGAACUUCCGCUCUUGUUGGAGCUCGAUUUGUGGCUUACUGUCUUUAAGUCAAGUAGUGCGAGCAAAAGUAUAAAUUAAAGGUAAGCAGAUUCGUGCUUGCUUUAUUCCACUGUGGGGAAGCUCUAUAAGACUAGGGAUUUGUUGAAUUGGAAUCGAUACUGGUCGGUCCAUGAAUGCAUGCUUAGUGUGUUGGAGUACGACUUGAGCACAAAGAGGGGACAAAGAGCCUCAUUAUUUCUAGCCAUCGGCAAAAUUAACCUAUUCAACAGAACGAGCACUGGAAUUUGUAUCAGCGCAUGUGAACAUCACGACCGACGAGCGCGAUAUCAUUACAAAAGCCAAGCACUCGCUCCUAUUUAGCAAGGCAUACUCUAAGGAGAAGCGACUUGAGAGAAAUAUGAACAUAACGAACGCCACUGCCAGAGCCAUCCUGUCUAAACCGACCACCGAAUCACCCUCAGCAGCCAACACAACAGGCACGGACCUCUCUAUACUGAACACCUCAACCACCUCCGCGCUCAACAGCACGGAUGCAAGCUCUAUCUUAAAGGACCACACGCCUCUCAUCAUGCAACUUUUCUUGGUGUCUCUAGUAUUCCUUCUCGCAGUUAUCGGAAACGCCGGAAUCUGGGUCCUUCUCAAACGCUUCAGGUCCUUGCGGACUGUGCCAAACAUACUGGUGGGGAACCUGGCGUUGAUCGAUUUCCUGAACGCGACAGUGAACCUGCCGGUGUUCACGGCGGCGGGUGUGCUUCAGCUCGGACAUAUGGGAGGGCGACUGGCCUCUGCCACCAUUUUCGCGGGUCAGACCCUUGUCAUCUUCCUACAUCUGUUGAGCAUGCUGCUGAUGAUGGUCGAUAGGUACAUAGCCAUCGCAUGGGGGCUGCACUACAGGAUAUGGAAGUCACAGCGCAAGGUGCUAGUCGCAGUGAUCGUGGUGUGGACCAUCGUGUUCGGAGUAACGGUUCCCUGGGUACUCCUGCUAUACGCCGUCAACAAGGGCAACUCCCCGUACCUGAUAUACCACAUCGCGUACUUCCAUGCCGUGGGCAAGUACAACUGCUUCGUCACAUACCCCAUCCUCGGAUGCACCAUUGGGGCAGUCUCUGCACUCACAUACCAAAGCAUCAGGAAACAGGGCAAGUUCUUCGCGGAGACGAGCGUGAUGCAAAAAGGCAAGACCCUGUUGGACGAGUCUCGUCAGCGUAACGAGGUCCGCGCCGCGCAGACAGUGGCCAUCACCGUCGUGUUGUAUGGAGUCUGUCUCAUUCCCUGCCUCAUGUACUGCUCCCUCAUGGCCACACCCAAGCACCUCCCGCGGGACACCGGAGAAGAAUGGUUCGUUUUCUUCGUCGUCAUAUCAUUCUACAUCCCGAGCGCGUUGUGCCCCUAUAUCUACGUGAUGCGGACGAGUCGGUUUCGGCGCGCCAUUACCUUGUUGAUGCAAGAUCCGUGUGGUGACUCCGAUCUGCGAGAAGCUUACGGGUCGUCCACGACUAAAGAGACGAGUGCUUCCCAGCGCGUUGAGUUCUCGCGAAAAAAGAAGGGGAGUUACACCGAUGCUAUUCCAAGCUCAACCCACGAUAACGACGGUAUGACGAGCCCAUGCCGUGAGGCCGAGAGCCCUCCGAGCGCAGAUCCCGACGUGAUCAUUGUUGCUAUUGAUGAAAUGGAGGGAAGGCCAGAUAGGAAACAGGAUGGGAAGGAUAACAAGGCGUACAAAACGGAAGACGGCGAGUAUCAACAGAAAGAUCAAAACAUCUAAAAACCCAGCACAGAAGGAAACACGUAAUAAAAGUGGAAGUGGAAGAAGACGGCCUGCCAGCCUUCGCUAUAGUAAUAGCGAGCUAUGGUGAGCUUUACGGGAAAGGAAGAUGAGCCAUAGGUGAACCUUGACUAAGUUGCUAACGACAACAAACAAUAGAAGAACUGCUUGUAGCUAUAUGUAGAGUUACAGAUUUUAGAAAAUAUUUGGGUAAAAAAGAAAAGAAAUCACAGGGUUUUCAAAAGAUGUAGAGUGCUUCAGUAAGAUAGGUUUUCGAUAUCCCCGAACAAUACCGCCGAACAGUCUGUGUGAAGAAGGAAAGUCUACUGUUUAGAGCCAAAGGUUGGCGGAGUAUAUCAAUUUUUUAAAACUAUAAAAAACGUGUGUUUAAUGAUAAUACUUUAAUAAAUAUAUAUUUCGUGUGGGAUUGAAUAUCCCCUUACUGAUGUUGUCAACUUCAAAAUGGAAAUAAAUGUAGAAAAGACUAAAGAAAACAUGUGUUCUACACUAAAUUAUUAAUGACAAGAUAUCUUGAUUAAAAAUAACUUUCAAAUCAAAA